AUGAUGCAAAGCUCAGCACUCACUACAGAAGGUUCUGUCAAGGGGCUUCCAGAAAUUCUUGGUGUGCCAAUGCAACAGAUCCCACAGUGUGCUGGCUGCAACCAGCACAUCCUGGAUAAGUUCAUCCUGAAGGUCCUCGACCGGCAUUGGCACGGCUCUUGCCUCAAGUGUGCAGAUUGCCAGAUGCAGCUGGCAGACCGCUGCUUCUCGAGAUCCGGGAGCGUUUAUUGCAAAGAAGACUUCUUCAAGCGUUUUGGAACAAAAUGCACAGCGUGCCAGCAGGGAAUCCCACCCACGCAAGUGGUCAGGAAAGCCCAAGACUUUGUCUAUCACCUGCAUUGCUUUGCCUGUAUUAUCUGCAACCGCCAACUGGCCACAGGUGACGAGUUCUACCUCAUGGAAGACGGGCGCCUGGUGUGCAAGGAAGACUACGAGACAGCCAAGCAGAAUGAUGAUUCAGAAGCUGGAGCUAAGAGGCCUCGAACCACUAUCACAGCCAAACAGUUGGAAACGUUAAAAAAUGCCUAUAAAAACUCCCCCAAACCAGCCAGGCAUGUGCGGGAACAGCUGUCUUCUGAGACUGGAUUGGACAUGCGGGUUGUACAGGUCUGGUUUCAAAACAGAAGGGCCAAAGAGAAACGUCUGAAGAAAGAUGCUGGGCGGCACCGCUGGGGCCAGUUCUACAAGAGUGUGAAGAGGAACCGAGCAGGCAGUAAACAUGACAAAGAGAGCUCUGCAGAGGACUGUGGGGUUAGUGAUAGUGAGCUGAGCUUCAGAGAAGACCAAAUCCUCACAGAGCUUGGCCACAACAAUAGAAUUUAUAGCAAUGCUGGCGAGGUGGCUGGUGGACAGCUACUGAAUGGUACUUUCUCGAUGGACGGGACAGGACAAUCCUACCAAGACUUGAGGGAUGGAAGCCCUUAUGGAAUCCCACAGUCUCCAGCUUCCAUAUCAUCCCUUCCAUCACAUACUCCGUUGCUAAAUGGUCUGGAUUACACAAUGGACAAUAAUUUAGGGAUAAUAGCACAUGGAGGGCAGGGGGUGAGUCAGACACUCAGAGCUAUGGCUGGAGGCCCAACCUCUGAUAUUUCUACUGGAAGCAGCGUUGGUUAUCCAGACUUUCCAACAAGCCCUGCCUCUUGGCUUGAUGAAAUGGAACACCCUCCCUUUUAAAAGUCUCGUUUUGCCAUAUUCCCACUUGCUCUUUUGGCUUGAAAGCAUACUGACAAAGCCCUCACGGAGGGACAGCAAUCAAACUUCAAGGAUCACAGGUGUGCCAUUCCAAGAACAUUUCCAUUAUUUUAGAAUGGGAAUCCACUAUUUGUUUUCUGUAGAGCUGAAGAAGAUAUGGUAUUAAGAUAUAUAUAUAUAUAUAUAUU